AUGUCAAACGAAAAAGAAGCAGAGGUCUCGCCGAACGUCGAGAUGACCGACGUAGAUUCUCACACUGCAGUAAAACGAAAACGCUCUGAAAAGACAUCGUCGACUGUUACUCAAUUUACCAUUCGCAAUCCACAAUGGUCAUACCUUCAUCUCUCCCUAAUCACGAAUUCGCCAAAUUAUCAAUUGGACGCCUUGACUGCGCACCUGCACCUCCGUGCUGCUCUAUCCCAAUUUCUUGGCUUGCAUGGAACUGCUAUGCCCAUCGAUAUUCUCAAGCUGUCCGGCAACGACGUCUACGUUCGCGUGCCCAACGAGGACUCUAGUGCUGUCGUGAUAGCUGUUGGCGGCUGGGUUGGUAAAGCUGGCGAAGGCUGGAGAGUAAAGAACUCCGGAUCCUGGGGUGCUGGUCUGCACUCAAGCACUACUGGCGCUGAUUUGUUCAAAUGA